UUGGAGGUCCAUAGAGACAAUAAAAACAGGGGGCAGGUGCAUUUGGAACUUUUAUACUGUCCUACUGCGAUGGCGAAUGGAUAUUCCAACCCUUUUGCCCCAGAUCUUUCAAUGACCUCAUUAGAGAGGUUUCUCAAAAGUGGGGUGAAUGGAACAGAAGCUAUUGAAAAUGAGAGAGGAGUCAUACAGAAGAAAAAUGAGGUUAUUGUUAGAGACGUUCUUUCUGUUAUUGUGAUAUUUGCUGAAGAGUUGCCAGCGGUGGAUCUAUUGGGGAAGGCCGAUCCCUAUGUUGUAAUCACUUUGAAGAAAUCAGAAAUGAGAAACAAAACUAGGGUUGUGAAUGAGACCUUGAAUCCAGUUUGGAAUCAAACUUUUGACUUUGUUGUUGCAGAUGGAUUACAUGAUAUGUUAAUUCUUGAAGUCUGGGAGCACGACACAUUUGGAAAGGAUUAUAUGGGGAGAUGCAUCUUGACACUAACUAGGGCUAUAUUGGAAGGGGAAUUCAAAGAGUGCUUCCAGCUAGAUGAAGCCAAAUCAGGAAAACUGAACUUGCAUCUCAAGUGGAUGCCACAGCCUGUUUACCGUGAUUCUUGAGUGCUUCUUUUCAGCAGCUGAUGGCAAGACAAUUAAAUCAAAGAGAAGGUACCACCUGCUCGAUGUAUACCAAGAACAUUGCUAACACCGACAC